AUGAUGGGGGUUCCACACCAAACUCGCGAAGCUUUUGGCAUUGCUAAGAACUUUCUGACCCCAGUCCUCGAUCGAGAGGAAAUACAGAAGACCCAAGGUAAGUCUUUACUGCAGAUCCUCGGUCAGACUUUGGAGGAUGAUGACGGUGCUGGUGAUGAUGCCGCGAGACCAACUGUGAUCAAUGAGGCUUUGGAUAUCUUGACCAGUCUCCACAAAUCCUUUGUUUUCUCUGAGGACCAACACAAAUCACUUCAAUCAUUUGAUGAGGUUGCAGACUCGCCAUCAGAAGAUGCCCAGCGACGUCGGAUGCUACAUGCAUUGCUGGACCUUAUUUCCCUUGAAGGGAUAUAUCCUUCGCUAUCAUCUGGCGUUGGGAUCCCACUGCAGCAGCGGGUAAUCUCGGUUUUGCCCGCCGGUGUUAUUGCAAAGCAGGCUCAUGUAGUCGCUAGCAGUAUACCGCACGACGAGCCUCUUUUGCGUCGGAUAAUCGACGGUUUAGUUGACAUUCUUUUCGACCCGAGACCGAGCCUUCAGCCGAUCAUUCGUGGUCGUAUAUUGAGUGACAUAAUCAGUGGUAUAUCUGACCUGGCUUUCAAUCCAAAUACUACGGACUCGUCGUACCGAAACAUAUAUCAGAAAUCGCUAGCUAAGCUAAUUGAUGAUACCCCAACCACGGUUUUGCUGCCUACAAUGUCCUCAUUUCUGCAAUCAGAUACUGCACCAUGGUUCAAGUCAACCAUUUCCAGUCAGAUCUCGCACGUUCCGCUACGACCCGGCGGCGUAGUGCAAACCAUCAUGUUCAUUGCAUCGCAGUUUUCCCCAUCGCUAGGCCAGGAGGCACAAGACCAAUCAAAUGGCCCUCGUUUGACUGUGCAGGCCAUCAUGCAGAUCUCACGACUCCUUUCUUCUGUGCCAUCGGAUGUUGACCCAAUUGUCUAUUUUGAAACAAUUGCCCCCCAACUGCUAGCAUUAAUAGACGGCGAUGAUCCGGAUCUCAGGAAAACCGCAUCAUACGUCGUCGGCAAUGGAAUUUUGGGGAAACGUGCCUAUGGUGCUCCAGGUACCGUUGGUCACUCCAUCUUUGUGGAGCCGAUAUUCAAUGCACUUACCGGAAACCUCGAUGAUAAAUCGAGGAGAUGGAUUAGUCGCUUCACCAGUAUUGAAGGCUCUGUGCCACACGCCACGGAAGCAGAUCCCGCAUCCAAUGUCUUGGUGGAUGGCGCCACAGUUGACGUGGCUCUAAACAGACUGAGGUGUCUGGCACUGCAGCAUCCAAACCCGGGUCUCGUGAAACGAAUCGUGUAUCCGAUUCUUCUUCCAUUGUGGGGCUUGGUCUGUUUUUCAAAGGAGGAAGAGCAGACCACAUUGCACGAAAAGAUCCUGCCCUUACUCCAGACGUAUUUUGGCAUCUCUGUUGGAGCUCAACCCCUCAAAAAGCUGGUUGAUAACCUCCUUUGGGAUGGCGGCGCAACGUGGACAUACAAUAAGGAUUCUGACGCUGGAAUUGAGUUGCAGAAGCGGAGUGAGGGAACGAACGAGCAUUCAAAUCUGAUGCGACUGAUCGAUUCCCUCCAAACACGCGCGGAACUUUUCGUCAGUCUCAUUGGCUCUGAUCCCAGCAGCGAGGAACGAACCGGUGAUAUUUUCCUCUAUGUCAGUGAAAACUGGCUAGUACAGCCCCAAGGCUCUCCACUCCCCCGCAACACACUGAGCGGAGGCCCUGUUGGUGAAAGUGACAACAUCAUUCAGAAGCUUGUUAGUGCCAAAAUUGCAGAGAAGCUGCUUGAGAACUUCAAAGAAGCACUAACUCGACGUCCGCUCCGAGUUUUAGAGCUCAUCAAGCAAGUCAUUGAUGGGGAGCUACAUAGACUGAGCGCCAAAGAAACGGCGACUCAAGGCAAAGUAAAUAGCAAGGUGUCCCUGUCAUCUUUAGCCAAUAUUGUGGAAACAGAGGACAAAAACGAAGAGCAGUUCGCUAACGACUCCUCUGAGUCCGUUUCAACCGCCUUCAGUUUGAUGUCUACACUUCUUGCAUCCGCGGACUUCUCGCCCACUGCUGAAAUUCAACCCCUCCUUGAAUCUAUUAAAAAGGAUCUCGAUCAACUCAUUCCCUUGCUCCCUUCUACCCUUUCCAAGCCAGCAACGACCUCAUCUAUGUUGCUAGAGAUUCACCUUGCCGCUGCAGACGAUACCACAGUCAAGGCAGCACCAGCUCAUGUUCUGGAUCUUGACACGCAUCGUCAAGCACUUGCGAAUCUCAACUCAGAUCUACCACCCGUGCAGGCUGAGGGUCUAUCGCUGAUUUCCAAACUGAUCGUGGACUCAUCACCCGUUAUUGAUGUGGGAUCAACCCUCACACUACUGCUGUCACUCAUCACCGACACGUCUAAGACCGCUGCCAACGAGGAAUAUGCAUACCUCGGCGCAAUCAAGAUAGUUGGUACAUUGGCGUCACGUCAUCCACGUACCGUGAUCAAAACAUUGGUUGAGGAGUACGCAGACAGAGGCGAACGACGAGCAUUGGACGCAAGACUCAGGAUUGGUGAGUGUCUGCUGCGAACAGUGCAGGAGCUGGGAGACGCACUGGCCGGUGAAACGGCCAAAAUUCUUGGUGAGACCAUCAUUGCCGUCGCCGGACGACGUGGCAAGAAGCAACUUGCGCAUGAAACCCGCAAGAAGCAACUUGCCAAGGAGAGACGGGAGCGGGAGCGGGCGCAGCGCAAAGAAAAAGAACCGACCAUGCCUGAAGGCUGGUCCAUUUCAUCUGGAGUAGCCAAAGCUGCAUCAGAACUAGACCUCGCAGACCUCUAUUCGGACGACGAGUCCCCAGAGCAAUCAGAGUACGCCACAAACGUUGUUGCUGCAUGGGCUGCCGGUGCAUCUGCAGAUGAUGCCCCUGAUGAUCUUCGCAUCCGAGCAUCGGCAAUUUCCAUUCUUGGAUCGGCCAUCAACGUCAACAUCUUCGGUCUUGGCCCCGCCAUUCUUUCUUCCGCUGUCGAACUCGCGCUUGCCACAUUGACUCUCGAGGGGGAACCGGAGAGUGCCAUCCUCCGCCGGGCGAGUAUAAUUCUGAUCUUCGACAUUCUCAAAGCUCUCGAAGCAGCGCGAGAGACACGCGGAAAGCAGGACAUUGGGUUCGGCUUUUCGCUUUUGGACGACUCAUCUUCUAGUUUUGCCGCUCCAUACGGUUCCAGGACCCAGGGACAGUCGACCAUUGGCAACAUCCCUGCUAUGCUACGCACGCUCCGCUUUGUCGAGGGUAGUGAGGAGGACGGGCUCGCUCGUGGAAAUCUGCGGGCUUUGAUUGAAAGUUUGGAGGCUUGGUCGGAGAAGUCUUUGAUGUGGGGCAUUGGCGCCCAGGACGGUCAAGAUGCCUUCAACCCACGAUUUGGACUGGGCGACAAGAUCGCCGGUCUACAUAUUGAUCCCAUGGCAGGGGAAAAUACUGGACAUCCGCGCAUCGAGGAGAUCGAAUAA